AUUCCGGUCAGUAGGGGGCGAUGACGUUCCUGGUUUGCCAACCGACAUUAAAAACCCGGAGAAGAAGAAGUAGAAGAAGAAAAACAACCACGGAUAACUCUUUGAACUUUACUGCGGGAAUGAUGGACGGUGGUCGACAGUCAAAAAUUCAUAUAUCGAUCCAGAAGGGACUAUCCCCUCAUCCUCUGGAACAAUGCGUCAACUGCUGCACUCCGAGCAGAUAUCAUUGUCCAGUAUGUCUACCUGAAGAUUUCAAGCCCACAGAAUCCCCAUUCAGAGCUGUGAAUCAUAUGAGAUGUCAUCUAAAGAGAGCCGUUGUCUUUGAAGAGCACACAAUCCUAAGAUGUGGGCUGACGUGUAGAAAACUACGGCAUUACCACUGUUUGUACUGCGUAGCCACGCUGAUAAAGAGAAUAGAAUUCACUGACCAUCUAGCGGCCUGCCGCCAUAACCAACAGAAGAGAGCUGAGAAAUCAUCACAGCUGUCAAAACAACACCAAACUGCUUCACUGCUGGCUCCUGAGGAGAGUAGCACCCUUUCAUAUGACAUGGAGGACAGUGACGACGGUGAGGAUGUAACCAUCAUCUCGGAUUCAGAGGACCAAGACAGCCAAGGAGCGAGCAGCAGCCAGUCAGUGACUCUGGUCAUCCCCAAGUCAAAUGAACUGGACAGUGUGGACAAGAUGAGGAGGAGCAUGGAGCCAGAGUCUUCUAAAUGUGACCAAACUGUACAGACAAACUUUGAAAGACCACAAGACUGCGAUGAAUUCUAUUUCAUGAACCUUGUGAAAAUGUUCAAGAAGCUUACCCCUCAGAAAAAGGCAGUUGUCAGGAUGAAAAUUGAGAGACUCCUCUUCGAAGCCGAGUUUGAGUAGGGAAGGGUACACACACAAAAUAUAUGCUAUCUUUUUACCUACUAUUGAUUGCAUUUGGUUGUAUCUUUGUGUUAGCCCACUCCAUCCUCAGUGGAGGUUUAAGACUGGGUUGUUUACAAGUUCUUUUAACUACUUCCUCAGCUGAGAUGCCAUAUUGCCUUCUGGGGCCAGUUUUACCAAAUGUACUACAAGCAAGCAGUAUUUUGCAAGGUGACAUGACUUCCGUUUGAUUAAAACAAAUGGCCACUUGUUUGUUUACACGUUAUGAAUGUAACAAGUUCUUUUAAGUGUGAUGAAGAAACAGGAUAAGAAGGUUGGACAGAAGUCAAAAACACCCUACCCCUGGAUCUUAUGAUUUUUCUUUAUGCUGCUAACAGUUGAUUUUCUUAUAUUGUUAUGCCUACAUCUACAGAGUGAAUUUAUUUUUUCUUUUAUGGAACACUAAUCAAAUUUAAACGCAUACUGUUUCACGGUUUAAUGUAUGAAAAUAGUUCAUUAAGUAGAGCCUGACCAACAUUUAAUUUUGUGGGCUGAUAAUGAUGUGAGGGAGUAAAGUAUUCUGCUUUUGAUAGAUAUACACUAUGUUUUUGCUUUAAUCCUGCAAAUGUGGUCAUCAGACACUUAAGACAAAGAUAAGUAGUGGAGGCAGGAUAUUUUAGAGCAAGUCUUUUGCAUAUUCUAGAUUAAUUAGAUUAAUUCUGCAUAUUAAUCUCUAAAAAACACAUUUUACCUUUAUAUUACAACAUAUACACUGAUAAAUAUACAUCUGUGACAGUCUGGUAUCACCUACUAAUUUAUCGGUCGGGCUCUAAUGUUAAAACUGUUGAAACUGUAGGAUGGAGAGAGAAGAUGUUUGGUUUUUGCCUACCUCAGACAGUCUCAGAGCUGGACAUGACUAACACUUGGUCCAGUGUUCUCUAGAGACUGAACAAAUGAAGCUGCUGUUUGCGAAACCAGAAAUAUAUUAUCGUUGUUUUCUAUUAAAAUAAAACUCCUGUUUUGAGUUGUA